AUGGAUUUGAGUCGUCUCAUUAGUACGGUCGAUCCGGAUUCAGAAAUCCUACUCCUUCAUGAAGUAAACUCAGAAGAGACACUCGAUAAUUUUAGUGCGAGCAUAGAGCAAUUGAAAGCGCGAUUUGAGAAACUAACUGUAUUUGCUCCAAAAGACAAACAAAUUGAGGUAGACAUCAAAGAGAAAAUAUAUGAUGCUGUUAUCAUUGUUACAUUUGGUGCUGCGCUUGAGCGCUUACUCCAAUUGGCUUUUCUAGCAGCGAAGCCUAAUUCUACCGUGAGAGUAAUUGUGCGAAACGAUGAUGAAGCAAAAGUUUUACGGGAAAUUAAGCUAGCUGGAUUUCUGCAUGCCAUGAAAGUUCAUAAUGACGUAUGGAGAGCAUAUGAUUGCGAAAAGCCAAAUGUGACUGUGGGUGCUACAGUGCCUCUGAAAUUAUCGCCCUCAAAUAAGAAAGCGAAUAUUUGGAACAUAGAUGUGAACGAUGAUGACUUGAUUGAUGAAGACGCACUGUUACAGGAAGAAGAUUAUGCUAAACCUACUACGGCAAUGGCAAAAGAAAAUCUCAAAGGAAAUUUCAACUCUUCGGGUGAAGUGAAGAAAAGAAGACCAUGUAAAAACUGUACCUGUGGCUUGGCUGAGAUAAUAGAGUCUGAAAAAGUCACAGCGCAAAUAAAACCUGACAAGUCAUCAUGUGGGAAUUGCGGUCUUGGCGAUGCAUUCCGCUGUUCAACCUGUCCAUAUUGGGGCUUGCCGCCUUUCAAACCUGGAGAAAGCGGGAUCAAACUGGAAACAGUCGAUGACGUUUGA